UGCAGUGAAUGUGGAAAAACCUUCAGGGAUUCAAGUUGUCUAAAGUCACACCAGAGAAUCACUCUGAGAAACUCUAUCAGUGUUCACACUGUGAUGAACGCUUCCAUCAUAAAUCUUCUCUAACAUGUCAUGAGAGAAUUCACACUGGAGAGAAACCUCAUCACUGCAGUGUUUGUGGGAAGAGUUUCAGUCAACGUCACCAUUUAGAGAGACACAAGAGAAUUCACACUGGAGAGAAACCUUACGUCUGCUCUCAGUGUGGAAAGAGCUUUACUGAUCAUAGUGCUUUCAAACAUCAUAAGAGAAUUCACACUGGAGAGAAACCUCAUCACUGCAGUGUUUGUGGGAAGAGUUUCAGUCGACGUCACCAUUUAGUGUCACACCAGAUAUCUCACUCUGAGGAGAAACUCUAUCAGUGUUCACACUGUGAUAAACGCUUCCGUCAUAAAUCUUCUCUAACAUGUCAUGAGAGAGUUCACACUGGAGAGAAACCUUACCUCUGCUCUCAGUGUGGAAAGAGAUUUACUGAUCAUAGUGCUUUUAAACAUCAUCAGAGAAUUCACACUGGAGAGAAACCUCAUCACUGCAGUGUUUGUGGGAAGAGAUUCAGUCGACGUCACCAUUUAGUGUCACACCAGAUAUCUCACUCUGAGGAGAAACUCUAUCAGUGUUCACACUGUGAUAAACGCUUCCGUCAUAAAUCUUCUCUAACAUGUCAUGAGAGAGUUCACACUGGAGAGAAACCUUACCUCUGCUCUCAGUGUGGAAAGAGAUUUACUGAUCAUAGUGCUUUUAAACAUCAUCAGAGAAUUCACACUGGAGAGAAACCUCAUCACUGCAGUGUUUGUGGGAAGAGAUUCAGUCAACGUCAGCAUUUAGUGAAUCACCAGAGAACUCACACUGGAGAAAGACCUUACAAAUGUUCUCAGUGUGACAAGACGUUUGCUCAAAGAUUUCUCCUGAAACUCCAUGAGAGAGUUCACACUGGAGAGAAACCUUAUCACUGCUCCAUCUGUGGAGAGAGAUUCACUUAUUUAGGAAGUUUUAAUUCUCAUCAGAAGAAACAUGCUGAAGAACAAACGGCACUGGAAUCAUCAUCAUAUUUCCAGAUGCUAUGUUUCAUGUGGAUGGGGUCCGGUGAUGGUGUUCGUGUCCCGGUAGCGCUGCUUUCUGUCGGGUUCUUGUGCGUCCUCGGCGUGUCGUGGUUCUGGAGUUUUUUGGCUCUUCUCGGGCUGUAUUUGUUCUCUGGAGGAUGGAGGUUUCUGUAUAUAGCUGCAUGUACCUUCAAGAGAGAUCUGUUCGGUCUGUACGUGCUGCUGCGCAUGAAAUCCUCCUUGAGCCGCCAUCAGCGUGCCCGCAGCACCAUCACAUCUAUAUUCGCCCAGCGGGUGGCGCUCCACCCGGACAAGCCGGCUCUGGUGGAGGAUUCCACGGGUGAGGUGUGGAGCUUCUCGGAGCUGGACCGGCGGUCUAACGCUGUGGCCCGGUGGGCUCUGGCGCAGGGCUGGGCCUCGGGCGAUGUGGUGGCCGUCUUCAUGGAGAGUCGACCGUUCGUGGUGGCCCUGUGGCUCGGACUGGCCAAAGUGGGCGCGGAGGCGGCGUUCAUUAAUUUCAACCUGCGACGUGAUACGCUGAUGCACUGUGUGGGCGUGUCGGGAGCCAAGGGGAUGGUGUUUGGGGCGGAGCUUGUGGAUGCUGUGACGGAGGUGAGGGACUCUCUGAGCGGUCUCUCUCUCUUCUGUUCUGGGACAGCUCCAGCCGGGACAUUAAAGUCUCUCUCUGCUCAAAGUCUGGACGCCCUGCUCGCCGAAUGUCCUGACGGUCCCCCCGCUGUCACACACAACAAGAGCUUCAACGAUAGGUUGUUUUAUAUCUACACCUCUGGAACGACAGGUUUACCUAAAGCUGCCAUAGUGGUUCACAGCAGGUACUACCGCAUUGUUAUGUUUGCGUAUUAUUCGUUUGGACUGCGGCCUGAUGAUGUGCUGUACUGCUGUUUACCGCUCUAUCACUCCGCAGGUAACAUCUUGGGGGUGGGUCAGUGUCUGUUGUUCGGUGUGACGGUGGUGGUCCGCAGGAAGUUUUCUGCCAGCCGUUUCUGGGACGACUGCGUUAGAUACAACUGCACGGUGAUUCAGUACAUCGGUGAAAUCUGUCGAUAUCUUUUAUCUCAGCCGGUUCGUCCAUCCGAGUCCUGUCACCAGGUGCGUGUUGCCAUGGGCAACGGUCUGCGGCUCAAUGUUUGGGAAGCGUUCACAAAACGUUUCAACAUCAAACGCAUCGGGGAGUUUUACGGAGCCACGGAGUGCAACUGCGGCCUCGCCAACCUCGACAACAAGGUGGGGGCGUGUGGCUUCAACAGUGUCAUUCUGCCCAACGUUUAUCCCAUCAGACUGCUGAGAGUCAAUGAAGACAACAUGGAGUUAAUCAGAGACGAACACGGACUCUGUGUUCCAUGCAAACCUGGUGACCCGGGGAUUAUCGUUGGCAGAAUCAAUCCUGACGAUCCGUUACGGCGUUUCGACGGUUACGCUAACCAAGAGGCCACCAAUAAAAAGAUCACACACGAUGUGUUCAGUGAAGGCGACUCUGCUUACGUGUCAGGUGAUCUGAUGGUGAUGGAUGAGUUCGGUUACGUGUAUUUCCGCGACCGGAGCGGAGACACGUUCCGCUGGCGGGGGGAGAACGUCUCGACCACAGAGGUGGAGGGAGUUCUCAGUUCUCUGUUGAAUCAGACGGAUGUGGCCGUGUAUGGAGUCUCUGUACCCGGUGUGGAGGGGAGGGCCGGUAUGGCUGCUAUAGCUCACACCACGGAUGAUUUCCACUGUCAGAGGUUUGUUGGAGAUGUGCAGAAGAGACUUCCUUCUUACGCCCGACCCGUCUUCAUACGGCUCUCACCUGAGGUUUUAAACAGAGUGUUGUGUGUGUGUGUUUGUGUUGAGAUGUUGAGGAUGACGUCACAGAUGUGCUGUAAAUCAGUGGGAACUGAUCUGUCCAUGCUGGAUAUUGAUGAUUUCAUCACAGAAAUCUGUCAGCUGAAGAAAGAGGUGGCGUUACUGGAGGAAAAGCUGAGGACAAGAGGAGAUGAACUCAACACUGAGAUUGUGGUAAAGGUCGAGUCAAACCCCACAGACGCUCAGGACACUGUGUGUGACAGUAAUCACACCUUGAAUCAGGAUGAAUCUACUGAUCAAACCUCCACAGAGUCUCUGGAUUCUGUCUGUAACGCUGGAGAACAGCAGAUCCUGAACACCAGACCACUCAACAUGUGUUCUGUCACACUGAUGGACUGCAGGAAACUGAUGGAGAUGGAAACACAAACCACAGUGAAGGAAGAACAGACUGAUGAAGAUGAGAAUCAUGAUGAUUUUGUUCCUUCAGGUAAACUGUUGAACAGCAAUAACAUGGAGAUAAAAACAGAACCCAAAUCAGAGGAAGAUCAAACUGAUGAAGAUGAUGACUUUAUACCCUCAGAUGAGAGCGGUGAUUCAUGUUGUGAUGGAGAAACGGCCUCUACAUCAAAACAGCGACUGACAGCACAAACUCUUUCCUGCAUCACCUGUGGAAAGACAUUCAGUUCACAGAGACGUUUAGAGACACAUGAGAGAAAACACACAGAACAGAAACUCUUCACCUGCACCAGAUGUGACAUCAGCUUUCCUACCUUACAAGAGAAGAAACUUCAUUCACAAGAGCACAGAGACCAGAAACACUUUCACUGUCAGCAGUGUGGGAAGAAUUGUGUCUCGUCUUCUAGUCUGAACGCUCACAUGAGGACACACACUGGAGAAAAACCUUUCCACUGCAGUCAAUGUGACAAAUAUUUUAGACACAAGUCAAGUCUUACUGCUCAUCAGAGAAUUCACACGGGAGAAAAACCAUACAAGAAGAAACACUUUCACUGUGAGAAGUGUGGGAAGAAUUUUUUUACAACUUCUUCUAAUAUGGGAGCUCACAUGAGGACACACACUGGAGAAAAACCUUUCCACUGCAGUCAAUGUGACAAGAGAUUUUACCAUUCAUCUGAUGCUAAGAAACACAUGCGUUCACACACCGAUGAGAGACCGUAUGAGUGCAGUGAAUGUGGAAAAGCCUUUAGGGAUUCAGGUUGUUUAAAGUCGCACCAAAGAACUCACUCUGAGGAGAAACUCUAUCAGUGUUCACACUGUGAUAAACGCCUCCGUCAUAAAUCUCAUCUGAUAACUCAUGAGAGAAUUCACACUGGAGAGAAACCAUAUGUCUGCUCUCACUGUGGAAAGAGCUUUACUCAGCCACGUCAUUUCAGAGAUCAUCAGAGAAUUCACACUGGAGAGAAACCUCAUCACUGCAGUGUUUGUGGGAAGAGUUUCACUCGACACGACACUUUAGUGAAUCACAAGAGACUUCACACAGGUGAAAGACCUUAUAAAUGUUCUCAGUGUGACAAGACGUUUGCUCGACGAGGUGUCUUAAAAACCCAUGAGAGAGUUCACACUGGAGAGAAACCUUAUCACUGCUCCAUCUGUGGAGAGAGAUUCACUUAUUUAGGAAGUUUUAAUUCUCAUCAGAAGAAACAUGCUGAAGAACAAACUGCACUGGAAUCAUCAUAGUGUUUACUUUAAUGUGCUCUGUGAUGAACUGACCAGUUAUUGCCGCUGAAUGUUGUUGUGUUUGAAAAACAAACUUAUUGUAAUGAUCUACUUCAUGAGGCUUAACAACGCUGUUUAAAUGUUAACAAGAACUUUAAGGUGAAAUAGUAUCUAGGAUUAAGAUGUGCAUGUGAGAGUAGAGCGCCUCUAAAGUCUCAAAAUGUUAUGUUGUAUUUGAAAAUGUUAAAUUUGACACUUUUAUGUUUUAUAUCAUUUUUAAAAACGAUGAUCAAUGCGCUGAUUAAAAAAUAUCUCCAACUAGGAUUACCUUUUGAAUAGGUCUGUUUAAAAUGCUAUGUUUGUCAACUUUUUGUUGUCAAAAAGUUUUUUUGUGUUUGAAAACAAAUUCAUUGUAAUAAAUAACAAAUGUCACCUGGCCUAUUGGCAAUGAUCCACAGACUAAUGUUUAUGAAGGCUGUGUGAGAAACUUUAAUUAAUUCAAAGCAAACAGUGGCUUAUAUUUGCAUAUAUAUGAUUAAAGGUUCUUUUCACAUUAA